AUGUCGUCUAUGGAAGCUGAGGACCAGACCCUCUCCAGCGAGGAGGCUCCCCGCCGAGAGCGCCGCAGCAAGAAGAAGGGCACCAAGUCCCGUCGUCGACAGCAGGAGACCCAACAGCAGCAGCAGCAAGGCGGCGGCUCAGGACCUCUGGACCAGCUCCCUCUGGCGGGCGACCUCGGCAACACGGUCGGCGGCGUCACGGACGGCGUGAGCAACACCCUGGGCGGCGUCACGGGGGGCCUCGGGGGUCUCACGGGCGGUCAGCAGCAGGGCGGCGGCGGUGGUGAUGCCGGCAAGGACACUCUGCGACUGCGUCUAGAUCUCAACCUCGACAUUGAGAUCCAGCUCAAGGCCCGUAUCCACGGUGACCUGGAGCUCUCUCUACUGUACGUUACCUCCCCCUGCACUCCCACUCCCACUCCCCGCUACUCCCGUAACUAUUGUCUGUGGCCGUCGUAUCUUACUUGGCUUGCAAAUCUCCAGCACGGGAUAAAACGGUGUCUGUGUCUGUGUUUUUGUCUUGCAGAGGCUAAUCGCUUUGGCGCUGUGCAGAAACUAGAGCAUUUUGUUAUCGUUACUGCAAUUGCAUUUGCGAUUGCGACUGCAAACGCUGUCAUUUAUCGUCUUCAUGUCAUGAUGGUAUCCAUGUAA